AUGCCUGAUCCCGUUACGGUACCAGCUCCUAAACAUGGUCCGCGGGGCCGCCGGGGCGCCAAAAUCAGACAAUGUUCGACCUGCGGGCGGACAUUUGCCAAAACCGACCACCUAGAGAGGCAUGUCCGAUCUCACACCAAGGAGAAACCUUUCGUCUGCGCAAAGUGUGGUAGGAAAUAUGGUCGGCACGAUACACUGCUGCGGCAUCAGAAGGACCACUCAGCAGAAGAUAUCGCUCUAAUCAUCGCAGAAGACAAACGACGGACUAGUAAUCUAUUUGGACCAGAGGAUGACCAGAGUGCGUUUGCCGGCAACCCAAUACCGCUUGAUGGCUCUGCAAUCUUGCCAGAACAGCAUGACCCGAUACUCAUUUCCAACAUUAACUCGUCUCUGGACGUGCCGGCCGCGGACUAUCUCAAGAAUAAGAAGGACUAUCAAGAGGGUCAAAUGGCCAGGAACGCCGCCACUGACGUCUACUCAAAUGCCGUCCACUCCGACCAGCCAGGGAGCGGGUUUGACACUUCGAUCGACGUCUUCAACUUUGAUUUCGAGGCCCAGUUUCCUUCUUGGCUGGUAGACAGCGACCUGCACGGUGGGAUUUUGGACACUCCUCUGGUCGCUACCAUGGCAGAGUUGCGCCCUGCUUGGCCGGAAAGCCCGUACACUACGUUUGGUUGGAGCAAUUACAAACCCGUCUCCAAUACGAAGAGGCUCUGGUUUAUGGCCAACGAUGACGCGCAGGAUGAAGUGACGCGAUCGCGCCCUGCAACACCUCCUGGAUCCCGGGACGAAGUCGACGACACAUAUCGUCAGACGUUGACGCAAAGUCUCCAAAUCCGCCCGAUUCAGGAACAGACCCUUCCAUCGGCGGACUUUCUGAAUCUUUGUGUCAGGUCGUAUUUUUCACGAUUCCAUCCAGUAUUCCCAGUGGUGCAUGCACCCACGUUUCGUCCUUCCAAGGCCAACUCCAUGGUCUUGCUGUCAAUAUGCUCAGUUGGCAGCCUCUUCACGGGCAGCGUCCAUGCCAUUCGUCAGGGGGUACAUAUAUUCGAGAGAUUACACAAGGCCGUCCUUGCAAAUUGGGAUCGGCUUGUUGCCCAAGGUGUGGACCAACGAAUCUCUCUCAUACAGACGGCUAUAAUUGGACAAACCUUUGGUUUACUGUCUGGAGAGCCGAAACAUCUUGCAAUUGUCGACGCAUUCAACGGGACGCUAAUCUCUUGGGCACGACGCUGGUCGACCUUCAAAACCAAGAAGAUGGUGGGACUAGACCUCAACGUCAGUUCCGCCGAAUUGGACAAGAAGUGGAGGGAAUGGGCGAAGAACGAAGAACUUAUCCGAAUUGCGCUCAGUGUGCAUAUACACGACGCUGAACUUGCUGCCAUGUUCCAUCACGAACCAUUCCUCCGCCACAAUUCCCGGCAACUACCAGUUGCCGCAUCAAAUCAGACGUUCAUGGCUACUCGGCCUGAAGACUGGCGCCAAUCGUAUCUUAAUGACCCCAGCAAUUUCGAAACCCUCAAUUCUACUCCAGCUUCUAUCGAUGCUCACCUGGAUUUUGACCUUGCUGCAAUCCCCGGCAACAGCUAUUUCACAGCAUAUACAGUACUGGAGGGCAUAUGUGCAAACAUUGUCGAAAAUCGAAUCAAUGCUCGCUCAACUCCAUCAAGGACAGAAGAGAUAUUGGACAUCUUGACGUCGUUUUAUCGGAACUUCUUGCAAGAAUCGGCUGUUUGGGAAGCAGAUCACAUGGACAUGAGCAUUCUCUGGCAUUUGGCCUUUAUGAUCAUGUUCGCUGAUUUUGAUCUUCUAGAGAGAGCAAUUGGGCGAAAUGGGCCAGACUUGUCACCUGAGGAUCAACUUGCAGUUACAGCUUGGGCGAACUCAGACCAAGCCAAAAGAUGUGUGAUUCACGGACUGAUCGUGCAAAAGAAAUUGGAAAGUCUCCCACUUGGCUUUGAGCCGGCAAUCCAUGUACCCAGGGCGAUGUUCCGAGCGGGUAUCGCCUGGUUUUGCUAUACUCGGUUUGGAUCCCAAGCCGGUGGUCAGCGAACAGCCGGAGCCGCCGAGGCCCUGGAGUUUCCAGAAUUCAAAACCAUUGGCGUCAACCCUGCAAAAUUGCUUUUCCAAGCAAGUGGCUAUAAGCACGGAAAGCCUACCACAACCGAGACCAAUGCGGCCCUUAGUGGACUGACAGAUCUCUUAAGGCGGAUAGGGCAUUGGGAAAUUGCGAGAAGAUUUGCCGCCAUUCUUGGGGCUCUCUUACACAAUGAGGCCGACUAA